GGGGGCGGGGCCAGACAAGGCGGGGACGCGCUCGCGGGCUAGAAAGGCGGGGGCGCGGCGCUGGCGGGAGCGUGCCCGGUCCCCGCCCCUGUUUCCCACUCCGCUUCCACCUCCGACCGGCCGGAGCUUCGGAGCGGCUCAGCUCGCCGGUCUUCGGAGCCGCCGCCCGCUUCCUCCCGCGGCGAGCCCGUCCGUCCCCACACGGUGCGCUCCUCCAUCUGGGCCAUGGAUGGCGGGGAUCUGAUGAGCUUCUUUCUUCUGGUGUCAUUAACGGACCUUCUACCAUGAACAGUUCUACUUCUGCAGGUGUGUAUGCUAAUGGGAAUGACAACAAGAAAUUUAAAGGAGAUAGACCUCCCUGUUCGCCUUCCCGUGUCCUCCAUCUUCGCAAAAUUCCAUGUGAUGUCACCGAAGCAGAGGUCAUAUCAUUAGGUCUACCAUUUGGCAAAGUAACUAAUCUUUUGAUGUUGAAAGGAAAAAGCCAGGCUUUUUUAGAGAUGGCUUCUGAGGAAGCUGCUGUUACUAUGGUAAAUUAUUACACUCCUGUUACUCCACAUCUUCGAAGUCAGCCUGUUUAUAUUCAGUAUUCGAAUCACAGAGAACUUAAGACUGACAAUCUGCCUAAUCAAGCUAGAGCCCAAGCUGCACUUCAGGCUGUCAGUGCUGCCCAGUCAGGAAACCUGGCCCUUCCUGGAGCUCCUUCUAAUGAAGGCACAGUGCUACCUGGGCAAAGCCCUGUGCUCCGAAUAAUUAUUGAAAACCUCUUUUACCCUGUCACCCUGGAAGUUCUUCAUCAGAUAUUUUCUAAAUUUGGCACGGUCUUGAAGAUUAUCACCUUUACAAAGAAUAAUCAAUUUCAGGCCUUGCUUCAGUAUGCUGACCCAUUGAAUGCACAUUAUGCCAAAAUGGCUCUGGAUGGCCAGAAUAUCUAUAAUGCAUGCUGCACUCUGCGUAUUGACUUCUCCAAGCUCACCAGCCUUAAUGUGAAAUACAAUAAUGACAAAAGCAGAGACUUCACUCGCUUAGACCUUCCUACUGGUGACAGCCAGCCGUCUCUUGAAACCCCGAUGGCUGCUGCUUUCGGUGCACCAGGUAUAAUUUCCUCACCAUAUGCCGGGGCUGCUGGAUUUGCCCCAGCCAUUGGAUUUCCUCAAGCUACAGGUCUUUCUGUCCCAACUGUUCCUGGAGCCCUUGGUCCUCUCACACUCACCUCCUCUGCUGUAACUGGAAGGAUGGCCAUUCCCGGGGCAAGUGGUAUACCAGGAAAUUCUGUUCUUCUUGUCACCAACCUCAAUCCUGAUUUUAUCACACCACAUGGGCUUUUUAUUCUGUUUGGAGUGUAUGGUGAUGUACAUCGAGUGAAGAUUAUGUUUAAUAAGAAAGAAAAUGCCUUGGUGCAAAUGGCGGAUGCAAAUCAAGCUCAGCUAGCAAUGAACCAUCUAAGUGGCCAAAGACUUUAUGGAAAAGUACUUCGUGCUACACUGUCUAAACACCAAUCUGUUCAGCUUCCUAGAGAAGGACAGGAAGAUCAAGGACUAACCAAGGAUUUCAGCAACAGUCCUUUGCAUCGCUUUAAAAAGCCUGGCUCUAAAAACUUCCAGAAUAUCUUUCCACCAUCAGCCACUCUGCAUCUUUCCAACAUUCCUCCUUCUGUUACGAUGGAUGAUCUGAAGAACCUUUUUACAGAAGCUGGAUGUUCAGUGAAGGCUUUUAAAUUCUUUCAGAAAGAUCGUAAAAUGGCGCUCAUUCAGUUGGGAUCUGUGGAAGAAGCAAUCCAGGCCCUCAUUGAGCUUCACAAUCAUGAUCUUGGAGAAAAUCACCACCUCAGAGUUUCCUUCUCAAAGUCUACCAUCUGACUUGUCUGUGGAUUUUUCUCCUUAAACUGGACCAUAAUUUUAUUAAAACCUUCAGGCAUAGACUGAAGGAGCUCAAGACCAGUUCUGCCUCUUUCACAAGAAUAACUCUUUUGGAGUUUAUUAUUCAAGAAUAUUCAAA